AUGGGAUCGCCGUGCUUAGCCCGGUCGGUCCUCCUGGCCGUCCUCCUCUUGUCGCUGGCUGCGCAUUCACACACGCAGACAACGUACGACUCAUUUCUCGACCAAAUCGAGAGCGUUUUGAACGGGUCCACGCCCCUCGGCAAGAUUGACUCCAUCUUGUUCACGCAGGCAAAUCAGUACAACUUGUACCUCAGCAAUAAAGCCGGCGCCAAUUCCGCCGCCUCCUCCUCCGCUUUCCGGAGCGCCUCCACGCCCUCUCUCACCCUCCUUCAGCAGAGCGUGCAAUGGCUCAGCACCAACGCGACCGUGAUAAAAUCAAAUCUCGCGAAGCUGAACUCGAUCCUCAAGCUGCUCCGCCAGCCGAGCCUCGCGAAAGCGCUGGGGUCCAUGAGCCGCGCGUUCUUCGUUUCGCCCGGCGCAAAGGUCGCGCUGGAAGCGGAGGGAAUCACUCAGCUGGCGGCUGCGCAGACCGCCGUGCCAGAGACGGUGCCAAAACCCGCAGAUCCCGUUGCAGAUCCGAACGUGAGCCAAAGUAACGGUCAGGUUUCUACCACGGGUUAUGCGGUGCAGAGUUACGGUGCUGUUACUGUGCAAAGCGACGAUGGUGAAGAGGGCGAUGGGAGGCCGCGAGGUGGGAGGCAGUACCGGAUUGAGAGUGACGAUGAUGACCAUGAGGACGAUGACGAGGAUGAAUGCGUGGAGCCGACAGGGCGAGUGCGGAUAAUCAAGUACACCCCGCCGCCUCCUAGUCGUGCUGCUCCUCCCUCUGCUCCUCGCGUGACCCACUCUUUCGACUCGAGUCUAAAGUCUUCCCAUACCCGCCCUUCCCUUCCCUCCCCUUCCCCGCCCUUUCACUCCCCCCCUUGUAACCCCACCUCAGCCCGUCGCCUCCUAGUCGUGCUGCUCCUCCCUCUGCUCCUCGCGUGCCCCACUCUCACGAACGCUCAAUCGCCCCCCUACGAUCCGUUUUUGGAAUACAUUCAGGGCAUUUUGAACGGCUCGAUUCCCGUGGGGAAGAUAGACUCCCUGCUCUUCACCCAGGCCAACAGGUACAACCUCGCUCUCAGCAAGAGCCUGUCCAAAUACGCCUCCCCCACUAACCAGCCCGCUCCAGUUGCCACCUCCCGUCCCUCCUCCUCCUCCUCCUCCUCCUCCUCCUCCUCCUCCUCCUCCUCCUCCUCCUCCUCCUCCUCCUCCUCCUCCUCCUCCUCCUCCUCCUCCUCCUCCUCCUCCUCCUUCUCCUUCCACCCCUCCUUCCCCACCUCCUCCUCCCCCUCUUCUUCCCCCUCCUCCUCCUCCUCCUCCUCCUCCUCCUCCUCCUCCUCCUCCUCCUCCUCCUCCUCCUCCUCCUCCUCCUCCUCCUCCUCCUCCUCCUCCUCCCCCUCCUCGUCCUCCCCCUCCUCCUACACCUCCUUUCGGACCAGCAGCUCGCGUCCUCUGCUGCAUUCCUCCAGACCCUCCUCAAGAUCCACACCUACAUACGAGAUUCAGGAUCAUAGUGAACGAGAUGGGGACAGCAGGGAAGGCAGGGAUAAUGACGAAGAUGAUGUUUGUUACGAGCCCACUGGAAACGUGCGGAUCAUCAAAUACACGACUCCCGAGAAUGUCUCAUACGUCAAAUUCUAUGUAAACAGCAAAUGCUUACCCAAUGUGCGGAAAGUGGAGAUUCGUAACGCACAAUACGGGCAAACGGGGCCGCUUGUAUUGGAGGUCCCUGGCUCCUGGUGGCUGAUAGACAGCGAUGAGGAUGAGGUGAUUAUACACACGAUUAUCACGAAUGCAGCAUCUGUUACAGUCGCCAACGGUCAGGACAUGGAGACGGCAAUUAACGCGAUGACAAAAAGACCGUGGGAGUAUUAUGCGGUGUUUACGUCGAGCAGUAAGCCGAGCGGGGAGAUGCGGGGCUCCGCGGCGCAGAGCGCGCCGAACCUGGGAGGGUUCGAGUUUCCUGUGAUUAAGGAGGCGAAGCGGGUGGUGCUGGUGCGACACGGGGAGAGCACGUGGAACGCGACGGGCAGAAUUCAGGGCAGCUCGGACUUUUCCGUGCUGACCGCGAAGGGCGAGAGCCAAGCAGAGACGAGCCGGCAGAUGCUCGCUGCGGACUCGUUCGAUGUUUGCUUCCACAGCCCGUUACAGCGGUCAGCACGGACAGCGGAGGUUAUUUGGGCGGCGCGCACGGCACCCAUGAUUCCGCUGCACGAUCUGCGGGAGAUAGACCUGUACUCGUUUCAGCCAAACCACCGUUCUCCACCGCUGCACACCCCACUCCACCCCAAUCAACCACGGGGCCUGUUCACGGAAGAGGGCACGGCACGGUUUGGUGAGAACUACCGCAUGUGGCAGAAGGACGCAGCAAACCUUGAGAUUGACGGGCACUACCCUGGGCUUUUCAAAGAAGAGGGAAAGGCACGAUUCGGUGAGAACUACCGCAUGUGGCAGAAGGACGCAGCAAACUUUGAGAUCGACGGGCACUACCCCGUGAGGGAGCUGUGGGCGCGUGCAGCGGCAUGCUGGCAGGAGAUCCUGAGGAGCGAGGGGCGCUCCGUGCUGGUGGUGGCGCACAAUGCUGUGAACCAGGCGCUCGUGGCCACUGCCACAGGCGUGCUGGCAGGAGAUCCUGAGGAGCGAGGGUCGCUCCGUGCUGGUGGUGGUGCACAAUGCCGUCAACCAGGCUCUCGUAGCGACUGCCACAGAGAAGAGGGAAAGAGAGCAGAGGCGUGCUGGCAGGAGAUCCUGAGGAGCAAGGGGCGCUCCGUGCUAGUCAUGGCGCACAACGCUGUGAACCAGGCGCUAGUGGCCACUGCCACAGGCCUGGGUCCGGAGUAUUUUCGUCUCUUACUGCAGAGCAACUGCGGCGUCAGCGUGCUGGACUUCGUCCCCCACUACAAGCCGCAUGCCCGCACCCACACCCCCGACGACGCCGUCCCUCCGUACAAGGCACACGAUUACAGUCACACUCACAGCGAUGCUGCUGCCGUGCUGGUGGAUGCUGCUGCUGCUGCUGCUGCUGCAGAGGAAGAAGCAGGCGUGGAGGGAGAGGAGUAUUUGCUGCCUUAUGUGUGCCUCAACCGGCUGAACCAGGUGUGUGCGUGGCAGCAGAACAAGGGUGAGACGCAGAGCAGAGAUCGCUUUCUGCUCACCGCUCCCCCACCUCCUCAUUUCCCCUCCCCACUCCCCUGCUCCCCCACCUCCCCUGCUCUCUCUCCCCUUACCCUGCUCUUCCUCCAGACCCCCGCGCCUCCUGUAAUUACUGGGGGUGUAUCAGGCGGAAGAAAGGCCAAGGCUCGAGUGAUCCUGGUGCAUGCUGGGGGUGGUGCAGACGCGCAAGACAGCCACACGAACUCCUCCCCUCCUCACUCACCUCAGGCACGCAAGACCGCCGAGCUGCUUCUCGACAUGCGCGUCGGCACAGGGCGUCAGGCAGGCGGGAGGAAGGCCAAGGCUCGAGUGAUCCUCGUGUGCCACGGCGACACCAGCAGCUCGGCACAGCGCCGCUUCCCCCAGUCCCCUUCGGAACAGCUGAGCUUGCUGGGCGUGGUGCAGGCGCGCAAGACAGCCGAGCUUCUUCUUGAUGUGCGAGUCGACACGGUCUUCUGCUCGCCACUCCCCUCACCUCCCCCACCUCCCUUUACUCCGUUCCCGUCCUCCCUCCCCCCUCUGCACCUCCUCCAGACUCCUGCACCGCCCGUGAUGGCUUCCGGUGGGAGGAAGGCCAAGGCGCGAGCCAUUCUCGUGUGCCACGGCGACACCAACAGCUCAGCACAGCGCCGCUUCCCCCAGUCCCCGUUUGAGCAGCUGAGCAUGCUAGGCGUGGUGCAGGCACGCAAGACAGCCGAGCUGCUGCUCGACGUGCGAGUCGACACGGUCUUCUGCUCGCCGCUGCCCCGUGCGGUGCGCACGGCCGAGGCGGUGGUGGAGGUGCAGGAGGCAGCAGAGUGCCUGGGCGCCGACUGUGUGCCUCGGUUUGUGGAUGUUGUCCCUGUGGAGGAGCUCAGAGAGCUGGAGUACGGCACAUGGCAGGUGAGCUGGAGUACGGCACAUGGCAGUCGGCUCAAAGGCUGUGCUGCGCUGUGGGGCACUGUUGAGUCGGCUCAAAGGCUUCGGCUCAAAGGCUGUGCGCAGGGCGGAGUGCCUUUGAGCUCAAAGGCUGUGCGCGCGGCCGAGGCGGUGGUGGAGGUGCAUGAGGUGGCAGAGUGCCUGGGCUGGGCGCCGACUGUGUGCCACGACGCCACAGCGAGGGACUGGGUGCCGCGGUUUGUCGAUGAGGAGGCAUUGGAGAAGCUGACCGAAUUGGACCAUGGGGCAUGGCAGGGAGCAAUGAUGGCAGAGGUGUCCGCACAAGAGCGGUGGGAGGAUCAACUCAGAUCUUCGCCGCCGCCCAACGGAGAAUCUCUGCCGUCCCUGUGGGGCCGCGCUGAGAAGGCAUGGACUGUCAUUCGCCGCCACCUGGCAGAAGUGGAGCGCGCCACAUCAGCAAGUGCAGGUGCUGACGUGGCAGCAGCAGGGCCAGGAAGUCCCCCUAUUGAGCGAUCUGAAACUGUUAUUGUGGUGGGCCAUGAAACAGUGUUUCAAGCGAUGCUUGCUUCCUGCCUGAAGCUACCUCAUGAUGCUCUGGGAAGCUUCCGCCUCGACCCUGGGAGCAUCACUGUCGUCGAUUUCCCUGAUGGUGUUGGUGAGCCCAAGGAAAGUAGCGAGUCUGACAAUAAGGGGAACAGUGCAGCAGGAGCAGGAGCAGCAGGGCGGGGGAUUGCAGCAGGAGUGGUGGGGCAGGGUGUGGUGAGGUGUAUCAACUACACUGCUCACUUGGGAAGAUGGGCUGUGCCCGUUACCCUGCCUACUUCAAAUGACGAGGACUUUUAA